CCUCCCUAUCUUCUCUGUCUUCCUGUCUCACUCUCUCUCUCUCUCAUCAAGAACAUCUUGAGGGCUAAAGUCCAAACAAACAUGCUUAGAGAGAGAAAAUUACACUCAAAAGAGAGAGAGAGGUGGUGAGUUUUGAUGAUUAUAUUCUUUGUUUGUACCGUUUCUCUCAGUACUAUAUAUAUAACCCUUUGAAAAUUUACCGUCUUCUCUUAUUAUUAUUAUUAGUCAGCUAUAGCUAGAGCUAAAGAUAGCUAAGGAUUUUUCUAAGUUUAUAAGUGUAGAAAAAACGAUUAUUAUAGAAAUCGAGCCGGCUUAAAUAGAGAAUCUUGUUCUUGUAGUUUUUCUGUUUAGCUUCAUCUCUCGCUAUCCAAUUCUCUUUUUGAAUUCCGGGUUUUACAAAUAUUAUAUUAUUCAUCGAUAUAUAUUGUUAUUAUUAUAUGUGUUCUGAGUUUAUAAAGUCAAUUUCGUUCAUGGGUGUAUCCAAUUCUGAGAUGUUUCUCUCAGAGAAAGAUCUGAAUGUAGUGGAAUUCAUGAACAACUUCAUGGUUCGACGUCAUCCCACGUUGGAAUUCCAGCACGAACGACACCAAAUCACUUGUCGUGUACAAGAUCGUGACGGCGGCCAAGGCGUGGUUGAUCAUCAUGAAGAACAAGAUCAUCAUCACGAAGAGAAUGUUAAUAAAGAAGGUGAAGAUAAAUUCGAGGUGUUGGUUUCGACUUUGAAGCUCAAAAUCCCGAAUCGUAAUAAUGUAGAAGAAUUUGCAGACCAUCCUGAUGAUGAUCAAGAAAAUACAAUGAAGGGUUGUAAUAAUAGUGAUUAUUAUUAUGACCAUGAUGGGUUCAAGACUCCAACUUCUGUGGAUACGAAAAUCCCGGUGGUUCUUCCAUGCCCGCCUGCGCCGAGAAAACCCAAGUCGACGAUCCUAAAGACGAAGCGAAAAGCGAAUCGGCGGCGAGUUUUACUUGAUCUGACGAGUGAGAUUGAGUCGUUGUUUCCUCCCACUGUUCUUGCGGAUCUUGGUUCUAAAAUUAAGAAAGUAAGACAAUCAGGAAAUGCGAAUUUUCUAUUAUAAUUAUAUAUAUGGCUUAAUUUUAGUACAUUAUAUUUAUAAUAAUAAUAAUUAUGUAACGUUUGUGUAGUUUAAAACCAGUUAAGUUAAGUACAUCUUUUUUCUUUUUCCUCAUUGUGUGGUAUAUUAUAAAAAUUUCCACAUGAGUAUGAUCAAGUGCGCCAUUCUCUCCAUGGCGCGUUAUUAAUAUUAAUCUCAAAUAUUGGUGUUU